AGAGCGCUCGGGGAUGGGUGGAAAGGAGGAGGAAGAGGAUGGGCACGGUGUCGCCGUCCAGAAACCGCUAGACUGGACACUUAACGCUUUUCCCCGCUGCGCCCGCAGUUUGUGCCUCGCCUCAACACCCAGCCCGGACGUGCAGCGCCCCACUCAGCACCCUGGAGUUGGCUCCUCGCCGGCGUCUCGGGGCGCGGCGCAGCGGCCCACCCCUCCAGCCCUGACCCGCCCCGUCCCGGCGCCCACCCCGCCCCGUACUCUGGAAGGCUGGGCGGCGGCUCUAUCCAGUCCCGGAGCCGGGAAUCGGGGGCCGCGGGGAGCUGACAUGGACCCAAAUCCUCGGGCAGCCCUGGAGCGCCAGCAGCUCCGCCUUCGGGAGCGUCAGAAAUUCUUUGAGGACAUUUUGCAGCCAGAGACAGAGUUUGUCUUCCCGCUCUCCCAUCUGCAUCUUGAGUCACAGAGACCCCCCAUAGGUAGUAUCUCAUCCAUGGAAGUGAACGUGGACACACUGGAGCAAGUGGAAUUUAUUGACCUUGGGGAUCAGGAUGGAGCAGACGUGUUCUUGCCUUGCGAAGAUCCUCCGCCAACCCCCCAGACGUCUGGAGUGGAUGACCAUCCAGAGGAGCUGGGCUUGCCACUGCCCACGCCAGACAGGACUGCAUCCCGCACCUCCUCCUCAUCUUCUGACCCCUCCACCAACCCACACAGUCCAAAUCCCAGCGACGGCGGAGCAGACACGCCCCUGGCACAGUCUGAUGAGGAGGGGGAUGGGGCUGACGGAGAGGCAGAGCCGGGAGCCUGUAGCUAGCAGUGGGCCCCUACCCACAGACUGACUGAGCUGUCUGUUCCCCACGUGAGACCGUAGGCCCAACCAGACCUUUCGGAGAAGAGCAGACUCCUCGCAGUAGGCGCCAGAGGCAGGACAGAAAUGGUUGGAUGGUGUACUUCUCUGGGAAUUAACCCCCUUCUGCUUAACUGCUAACCUUUCCUUGCUGCCACACUCCUACCAGUUUUUGGCUUACUUCCAAGGUAGGGCGUACAAGUGAGGAGAUGGAAGAUGAGGCAGGACAAGAUGCCACUGCUUUUCUUAGUGCUCCUCCCUCCCCCAGACCAUCCUGCAGCCUUCUGAUAGAGUCUCCUAAACCAGUGUCUGUGAGUGGAUGUGAACUCCUUAGCACUCCCAGUGCGAUGGUGCUCCAGCCAUCUUGCUUCCUUGCAUCCUUUUUUUUGGAAAAGGACGUGGUAGAAAUAAUAAAUAAUAAUAUACCAAC